UUGAGGGACACUCACCGACCAUGGCAGAGAAAAGAAAACCACUGCAGUGUAGAUAAAACUCAGCAGAAUCCCAGGAACCUCUUGAUGCUUUCUUUCUACUGGGAAUUUAAACUCCUCAAUUUACUGGAUUACACAAAGCACUUUUCACCGCAGGUGAGAUGGACGGCAGGAGCAAAGCUGAAAGCAGAUCUGUAAAAAGGCAAGUACGUCUCCUCUUCUUAUUGUCUUUCGUCUGCCAGACCGUCUCAGAGCACCUUCGCUAUUCAAUUCCAGAGGAAAUGGGAAAGGGUUCCGUUGUGGGGAAUCUUGCCAAGGAUCUGAAACUGAGUAUUGCAGAAGUGGGAAAUCGCAACCUGCAUAUCCUUUCUUUAGGCAAAAAGCAGUACUUCUCCAUUAAUGCUGAAAAUGGGAAUCUGUAUGUAAAAGACAGGAUUGACAGAGAGGAAAUCUGUGGGGAAACUGCACUCUGCCCCAUCAGUUUUGAAGUGGUGAGUACAAACCCCAUGGACAUGUUUUACAUAACAGUAGAGAUCCAGGAUAUUAAUGACAAUGCACCACAUUUCUUAAAUGGUGAUAUCAAGCUAGAAAUAAGUGAAUCCACUUUACCAGGAGCUACAUUUCCACUUGAACAAGCAGAAGAUCCUGAUAUUGGGAUAUAUUCUGUCCAGGAAUAUAAUCUAAGCAUUAAUAAGUAUUUUACUUUAGUAAUUAGCAAGCAGGACUCUUUAAACAAGUAUGCAGAAUUAGUACUGGAAAAACAAUUGGAUCGUGAAAGUGAAAGUACUGUUAGUUUAACCCUUACUGCUCUUGACGGAGGAAACCCUGCAAAAACUGGAACAGCCAAAAUACUGAUUACAGUCAUAGAUGCUAAUGACAACCCACCUGUCUUCAGUCAAAAAGUGUACAAAAUCAGCCUCAAAGAGAAUGUGUCAAAGGGAUCUACUGUAAUACAAGUCAAAGCUACAGACAAAGACGAUGGUUCCUAUGGCCAGAUCAACUAUUUCUUUAGCAAUAUUGCUGAUAAUGCUCAUCAAAAAUUUGAUUUACAUCCAGAAAAUGGUCUUAUCACAAUUCAAGAAGAGCUUGACUUUGAGGAAAUAGAGAAAUAUAUUAUAGGAAUAAAAGCAAGAGAUGGAGGUGGCUUAGUGGCUCAUUGUAACAUUGAAGUAAAUCUGGUAGAUGUGAAUGACAACGCCCCAGAAGUGAUUCUCGCUUCCUCAUCCAGAGAAAUUCCUGAAAACUCUCCAUUAGGAACAUUAGUUGCCCGUAUCAAUAUAAAGGAUAAAGAUUCGGGGGAUAAUGGGGAGGUCAACUGCCAUUUACAGAAUGCUUCCCCAUUCAGAAUAGUAUCAGCAGCUAAUAGCUACUAUAAGCUGCUAACAGAUGGUCCCUUAGAUAGAGAAAACACCCCAGCAUACAAUCUUACAAUCACAGCCACAGACAAAGGUACGCCCCCUCUUUCUACACAGAAAACCAUCUCACUGGAGAUUUCUGAUAUCAAUGAUAAUGCCCCUAUCUUUGAAAAAUCCUCAUACAGUGUUUAUGUGGCAGAGAACAAUCCUGCUAGCACCUCCAUCUUCAGCAUCAAAGCUAUAGACCCCGAUCUUGGUGGCAACGCUAGGAUCACCUACUCCAUCCUCACUAGCAAAAUAGAGGCACUACCUCUCCCAUCUUACCUCUCCAUUAACUCAGAAAGUGGCACCCUCUAUUCUCAAAGGUCUUUUGACUAUGAGCAACUCAGAGAGUUUGAGGUACAGGUGAAGGCUGAAGAUGGAGGCUCCCCACCUCUCAGCAGCAAUGCCACAUUGAGAUUGUUCAUCCAGGACCAAAAUGACCAAAGCCCUCAAAUUCUGUAUCCCUCUCCAGGAGCAGAGGGCUCAGCCUCCUUUGAGAUGGUGCCUCGCUCGGCAGAGAUGGGGUACCUGGUUACAAAGGUGGUAGCUGUGGACUCUGACUCUGGGCACAAUGCCUGGCUGUCUUAUCAUCUACUGCAAGCUACUGAGCCAGGACUCUUCACAAUUGGUGGCCACACGGGUGAAAUCAGGACACUGCAGACGUUUCUGGAAAGGGAUGCUUUGAAACAGAAGCUAGUGGUCUUGGUGAAGGAUAAUGGGCAACCCCCGCUCUCUGCUAUAGUCAGUCUCAAUCUGAUUUUUGCUGAAAACUUCCAAGAGGCGCUGCCAGAAAUAAAUAACCAAACCAUGGAUUCAGAGCAACAGUCUGAGCUCCAGUUCUAUCUAGUGCUGGCCUUAACUUUGAUCUCCUUUCUCUUCCUCUUGACUGUAACUCUAGUUAUUAUGAUGAAACUCCGACAGUCGGGGAAUCUGACAUUUCUUCCAUGCUUUGCUCCCAUUCCCCAUUCAAACAAUGCCAUUAUAUUCCCACCCAAUUAUGAGGAAGGGACUAUUCCUUAUUCCUAUCAGCUCUGUUUAUCAUCCGAGUCCAAGAUACAUGAAAUUACUUUUCCAGCACCCAAAGUUCAACCUACAGAAUAUAUUUCAUGCAACCAAAAUUCUGAUGUUCUUCUGCCUACUAAUGCCCUAAAUUCUGAGAUGGAGAAAAUUGAUUUGGUGAGUUUUCUUUUGAAGAGUAGCAACUUAACAUAUCUUGUUAAUGAAAUUGAAAAUGUUAAACGAUUCUAUAAAAGCUACCAGAUCCUUUGA